AUGCGGGGUUUCCGGUGGAGCCGUGAGGCGGCGGGGGCGGCCAUGGCGGAGAUUCCGUUCACACGGGUGGUGUCGGUGACCAGCGCGGAUCCGCGCCACCCGGCGGAGAAUCUGCUGCGGCCCGAAGAUGGCGGGAAGUGGAGGGGAGCGGCGGCGGGGGAGAAACAGCUGAGUGUGGUGCUGGAGCUGGGCGACUCCCGGCCCAUCCACUCCCUGCACGUCGGCAACGACGGCGCCGCCUUCGUGGAGGUGCUGCUGGGCUGCUCGGCCGGGGGCGACUUCCAGGUCUGCUGCCCCUGCGCGGCGCUGAUGUCGCCCAGCGAGAGCCGGGAGGGGGCGGGGCCAAGCCGGGUGCGGUUCUUCGGGCCCGAGGCAUUGGUCAAACGUCCGGCCACGCCCACGGCCAGGUGUGACCGCCUGCAGGUGGUGCUGAGCCAGCCCUACUGCCAGAGCCGCCCCUACGGCCUCGCUUUCAUCCGAGCGUUCGCUGCCCCCCGAGAAGGGCGAGGACCCGCCCCCGGCCCCGGUGGAGUUCGCCGCCUGGGUCCCUUCACGCUGCGGGAGGAGGGGGAGGGGAGCCCCCGGCGCCCCCCCGGGGCCCUGUUCUACCAGCGCCCCUCCCCCACCCCAGCCCCCGCCCAGCCCCCCCCCGGGCCCAGCUACGCCAUGGCCGCCCUGCAGGAGAGCAGCAGUGACGUCACUCAGCCCCCCAAGCGCCGCCUCCCCUCCCCCACCAGCACCAACGGCACCCCCCACCCCAAAAAACCCAAACAGACCCCCCCGAAAAACCCCAAAACCCCCCCGAAAAAAACACCUGGACCCCGCCCCCCAAACCCGGGUGGGCGUGGCCCCGACUCGGGGGGCGGGGCUCCCAUCUUGGGGGGCGUGGUGCUGGCCCUGAGCGGGUUCCAGAACCCUCUGCGGGGUCACCUGAGGGCGGCGGCCACGGCCCUGGGGGCGGAGUACCGGCCGGACUGGACACCUGAGUGCACUCACCUGGUGUGCGCCUUCCCGAGGACGCCGAAAGCGGCGCGGGCGCGGCAGAGGGGCGGGGUCGUGGUGGGAGCCAGGUGGAUUUGGGAGUGUCAGAAGCAGGGCAGGAGGCUGAGCUGCGGGCCGUAUCUCCUGGAUGGCUCCGCCUCCUCUGAAAGCGAGGGGGAGGAGCCUGAGGAUGCCCCGCCCCCUUCACGCCCCUCCCCCAAGGUAAAGAAAGGGGCGGGGCCUCCUCAGCUGGACGCGCCCAGGACUCCUCCCCCUGCAGCGCCGGCCACGCCCCCUGAGUCAGGUGGCAGCGAGGGCCAAUCAGAGGACACCGACCCCUACGGCGGCUCCACCGAGGAGAACAGCGAGGACGAGGAGGGGGCGGGGCCGCCCAUCCCCCCCCUGCCCGAUUUUUUUGAGGACAAAAAAUUCUUUUUGCACGGCGACUUCCCGGAGGGGGAGGGGCGGCGGCUGCGGCGGCUGGUGGUGGCGUUCGGGGGCUCCCUGGCUCCCUACAUGGACGAGUCGGUGACGCACGUGGUGACAUCACAGGACUGGGACCCCGCCUUCGAAGAGGCGCUGGAGCUCCGCCCCUCGCUGGUGUUCGUGCGUCCCCAUUGGCUGCUGCUCUGCGGGGAGCGACAGCGCCCCCUGCCGGCCCAGCCCUACCUGGUGACGUCAGCGAUGACGUCAUCAUCGCGGCAGUGACGUCCUCGGCAAGGACACGCCUCCCCCGCUAAGCCACGCCCCUUUUGUUGAGGUCAAAUAAAGCGCAUUUGGGUAGAGAUGAAA